CUCAAAGCUACGCGACGCAAUACCCUUGUGACUCGAGUGACGCGACAUCAAUCACGGCUCCUUCAGAGGACUGUCUGCGGACAGAGCCUGGUACAGUUGCCCUGUUUUCAUUGGAGUGGAGCUUCUUCCUGAGAACUCCGUCAUGACAUCAUCGUCAUCCGAUUCCCGAACAGCUGCAGGAAUCCAGUUGCGUUGGAGUGGACGAUGGACAUUGCUGCAAGCGCAGCUCUCCAGACCUCCUGCGCUCGAAGGGUGAGCACUCCUGUGUGGCCAGAGUGAAUCUCGUGUUGUUAGCGCGCUCGUCUCUUCAUCCUCCAUCUUCCAGGGAGUUCUGAGGACCCAGAGACAGCCCUUUACAAGCGAAGGAGAGUUUAAGACUCCUGCGCGCUGCCAUCUGCUUGUUUAAAACCCGCUUCGCGUCUCCAACUUGUGGAUUAUGACCCUGGACACUGAUUUAAUGGAUGACCUCGUUGUGGACGUGGUUGGAGAGGGUGGCAAGGAGUCUGGAGACGAGCAUCUUUCGACCUCCGCUCUUUCUGCAUCCGACCAGUUACAUAAGAAGGAGGAUAAGGACCGCGUUCCAUCUUCCAUGUGUCCCUCAAACUCGAGCAAGAGCGCUUCGGUGAAGCCGCCCUAUUCCUACAUCGCUUUGAUCACCAUGGCCAUCCUCCAGAGCCCGAAGAAGCGUCUCACCCUCAGCGAGAUAUGCGACUUCAUCAGCCACCGCUUUGUGUACUACCGAGAGAAGUUCCCAGCCUGGCAGAACUCCAUCCGACACAACCUCUCCCUCAACGACUGCUUCGUGAAGAUGCCGCGCGAGCCCGGUAACCCCGGGAAAGGGAAUUACUGGACUCUGGAUCCCAAUUCAUCGGAUAUGUUUGAGAACGGAAGUUUCCUGAGGAGAAGGAAGCGAUUUAAGCGGCAGUACUUCAAAUUCGGCGUGUUCAAAGAGCAGGCGCUGCAGCCCAGUGGCUUUCCGAGCCUCGGCUACGGGGCGUACGGGCUCAGCGCGUCCUGCGCUCAUUUACCGGGGCUGGAUAUCUACCCGUUUGGCUUCCAUCAAGCCAUCGGCGUGCCACCUGUUGGGAGCACUUUACCGGCGCUGUCCACGCUUUUCUCGAGGAACUCUGUCACAGCCAAGUCUUUCCCACAGUCUCAAACAGUGACCAUGGAGCCUGUCACCCCUGGCCUCGCCUGCGCAAUGGCCCCGAGCUCUCCAUACGCGUCCUCGGCACUGUUCAAUCCAGUGGGCUUCCCCCGACUCCUUAAUUUUCAGUACGAGUACCAGAAGCUGCAAGAUGUGCACAGCCACGUGGAUUUGUCCACUAAACACAGACUCCUGGCCAGCGUCAAUGACUAGCAGCGCACAUUUGGACACGAAACUGUUGUUUCUUCUUCUACUUCUUCUCCUUCUUCUUCUUUUUCUUCUCUCAGGAAUCAUUUCAUUUAUCCCGAGGUAUAAAAGUGUGUAGAGCAUCGCGUCGAAUGUUUUCGAAGAGGCCAUUUUAAGGAUUUUAUGAGUUAUUCAUUUCUGUCAGGACUUCAUCCAGUGAGGUGUUGAAGUGUCACAUGCCGAAACUGUUUAUUGAUGCAUGUUAUUUUAUUGGAAUGAUUAAAUAUCGAACGAAUCGACUAUUUAAAUGACGAAUUUCCUUUUCGCGUUUUGACGGAAAUAAAAUUGACUUCUUUAAAA